UUGUACAUGUCACUCCACUUGUCAAAUAUUAAUUGUCACACGCGUGUGUCAGUGAGCGAUCGUUCGCCGCUUGGUGCGUUAUAUGUAUCGUAAAUGUGGUUCGUCUACGUGAUAAUGAGAAAACACGCGUUAGAUUAUCUUGUUAUAAAGUGAUGAAAGUGUAUUAAGUUGAGUGUCUUUGUUUAAAAUAGUUAUUUCCUUUUGUAUGUCAUCGGACUCCUCAAUAUGGCGGCCCCCCGUCACAAAUCACAACAGAAAAAUAUAUCGUCCAUAUUUUCUAAAUUACAUGGUGCUUUUUCGGAUGCGGUAUGCCCUACGAAGCUCGCGACCGACAAACGGACAUUGGACAAGACAUGGAAACUGAUGGACAAAGUUGUGAAACUAUGUCAGCAUCACAAGAUGAACUUGAAGAAUAGCCCGCCGUUCAUACUGGAUAUUUUGCCUGAUACAUAUCAGCGGUUGCGUGUUAUAUACUCCAAAUAUGAGGACAAUAUGCAGGAGUUGAAUAAUAAUGAACAUUUUAACAUAUUUAUUAUUAAUUUGAUUAGAAAGUGCAAGCAGGCGAUAAAACUGUUCAAGGAAGGUAAAGAGAAAAUGUUUGACGAGAAUUCGCAUUACAGGCGUAAUUUGACGAAGCUCAGCCUUGUUUUUAGUCACAUGUUGAGUGAAUUGAAGGCGAUGUUUCCCAAUGGGACCUUCGCCGGUGACCAGUUUCGUAUCACGAAGAGUGAUGCUGCGGAGUUUUGGAGAUCCAACUUUGGAAACAGUACUCUCGUGCCGUGGAAGAUAUUCCGCGAAGAGCUGAACAACGUGCACCCCAUCUCGUCGGGCCUCGAAACGAUGGCGCUCAAGACGACCAUAGAUCUCACGUGCAACGACUUCAUAUCUAACUUCGAGUUUGACGUUUUUACCAGACUAUUCCAACCCUGGAGUACGCUCCUAAGGAAUUGGCAGCUGCUCGCCGUUACGCAUCCGGGAUAUGUUGCGUUUCUCACCUAUGAUGAAGUCAAAGCACGCCUACAGAAGUAUAUACACAAGGCUGGCAGUUAUGUGUUUAGAUUAUCCUGCACGCGGCUCGGCCAAUGGGCGAUCGGCUACGUGACGGUCGACGGUGAGAUAUUGCAGACGAUACCGCAGAACAAGAGUCUGGUGCAAGCGCUGUUGGACGGCUAUAGAGAGGGGUUCUACCUAUACCCGGACGGUCGUGACGCUAAUCCCGAUUUGAGCAGCGCGAUAAUUUCGCCCGCGGAAGAUCACAUCACAGUGACGCAAGAGCAGUACGAGCUGUACUGCGAGAUGGGCAGCACAUUCCAACUGUGCAAGAUAUGUGCGGAAAACGACAAGGACAUUCGCAUUGAGCCGUGCGGACACUUGUUGUGCACCCCCUGCCUUACCGCUUGGCAGAUUGAUUCUGAAGGCCAAGGCUGUCCCUUCUGCCGGGCUGAAAUCAAGGGCACAGAACAGGUGGUCGUAGAUGCUUUUGUACCGCCUCGUCCGCCGAACACCACUUCUGAUGUUAAAAUGGCGAACACAAAAACAGCAGUGAGGCCGGUGUCUUCGAACUCGUCGGGAUCGAGUGGAUCGUCUGGAUCGUCGGCGUGCAAUGGAUCUAAUUCUGAAGUGACAAUAGCGAGCAACGCAAACGGAUGGUCGACCAGGAAUACAACGUUCAACGGGCUGACUGACGACAUUGAUGAUGCUGAGGAUUGGGCUGAAUUUAACGCAGCAACAUCAACAAUAGACGCACUUCGACCCGGAGUUAGAUCAGCCGGAGCUUCCCCAAGACAUUCACCUAGAGCCACUCGUAAAGCGCCAGCUCCUGCUGAAAAUGCAUAUGGAGAGUUAAGAGCCCCGCCUCUACCGCCACGAAAGAGUCUAUCACCUGCUGAAACUAUUGUAGCGGCCUCUAGCGUGCAGGAUAUAGCAGCAGCUAGCUCUAUAAUUCCAGACCCCAGAAGGCGUUCUUCCUUAGAACCAGAGCCUGAUUUGCGACACAAACUUACAUCCGUCAUCACAGGAUCUACAGAAACUAUUACAGGCAUCAUUGAUACGAGACAUGAAGUGAUACCCCCAGACCCGAGAGCGUUCGAAAAACCUCGACGUGCUUGCACGCCCCAAUCGAACAGUCGACCGCUACCAGCACCUCCAAUAGAACAAACAGACAGACAAACAUACAUACACGAUAGACUCGACAAUCGGUUGGACAAUAGGGAUAGAUCGGAACGGUCCAACUCUGAGAAUAGAGUGCUGGAACGGCACCCGGAGUUUAGACCGCCGGAACGACCGGAUAAACCGGACCGAAUACAAGUAAGUUUCGACCGGGACCGUGAAACUAGAGCACCUCCAAGACAACGCUCAUUACCGACCACAACAAGUAUCGACCAUCAACCUACAAAGUCGACAACUAUGCCCAAGUUCCCCUCGGAGGAUGUUAAGGAUCCCCCCUAUGAAAAUGUGGGCAAUGAGAAGGAAGCAAAAAGAAUCAACCCUCUAACCCACGAUAAACACGGAAGAAAAUACAAUGACAACGUUUCCUACGAGAACAUAAAUCUCGACUACAUUGCUCGUCUAGUCGACGAAGGUUAUCCCAAAGAUAUAGUCGUCAGAGCGCUGGGCAUUACGCGAAAUGACCUUGAAAUGGCGUGCGAUAUAUUGCACGAAUUUGGCACUAAAACGAAUAAAUGUUAAUUUUCUAGUGAAAAUACGAACAUUGACUGGACUAAGUCUUACAUGACAAGUGAAAAAAUGGAUUCAAAGCUUGUCCAUGUGAAUUUUAAUGUCAAUAUUGGAUGGACGUGCAAAGAUUUUGGAAGUGAAUUUUAAUGUGCCAUCACUUUUGGUACAGGUUAUACGAUGCCAUUGUUAUCGGCACGGGUUAUGUCAAGGGUUAUACGAAUAUGCCAUUAUUGUUGGCACGGAUUAUAUCAAUGUUGCCACAAUUGUUUGGCACAAAUUAUUGAAUGUGCCGUUAUCCUAGGUGCAGAUAAUUUUCAAUGUGCCAUUAUUAUCAGCACGAAUUAUUUAAAUAUGUCAUAAUUAUUGACACGGAUUAUACGACUAUACUGAUUGUGACUAAAAAGCAUUAUUAGUGCUUCUGUUUUUUUGUUUGUUGUCAAUUUUAAUGACCAUUUGUAUAUAAAAUGCUGUAAAAUAACCAAUGUUUAUAAAUAAUCUGCUGUUUAAUAAGUUUAAUCUUAGUUUAAUCUGCUAUUUAAUGAUUCUUAUAGUACUGGCAGUUUUUUUUUACAUAUGAAAUGGGUUUUUAAACAUUGGUUAUUGUUUCUAUAAAGCGGGUCUAUCUUCUCAUACAUAAAAAUGGAUGAAAACUUUAAAUUUUUUGAUAUGUGACUUUGAAAAUCAAUUUAAAAACUUAUGAAUAAAAACGGUACCUUUUAAUAUAAAUUCGUCUAGAAUUCCUUGUUAAAUGUAUUUAGUGAAUUUGAAGAAAUAUUUGUAUAUGUAGAAAAUUAAAAAACGAUCAUUUUCAAUUGUUGAAUAUUGUAUAGUUUGGAUUUUAAUACGAUUGUAAAACUUAUUUUUAAUAAAUGAAUCUUUUUGGAAUUAUUGUAGU